CUCUCUCUCUCUCUCUCCUGCUGUCUCUCGCAACCACAUCUCUUCAUUUCUCCGUCUGCUCAGCCGUCUGCUUUUUUGUUGUGCCACAUCUCUUCAUUUUCUCCUCCUUCCUUCUCCUUUUUAUUUAAAUUCUCCAUCUUCGACAUGUUUCUCACGUGAGGUCCGCUAACUUGCAGAGAGCACUGUGGAUGCCGACUUAAAAAAGAAAAAGAAGGCAAAUGCUCUGUCGGGGAAUAAGAGAAGAAACUACGCACGUUUGCAUCUUUCAUUGAGUGCCUUGGAUUGAACGGAGCAACACUAUGGAUCUGUCAUUCAUGGCUGCGCAGAUCCCAGUCAUGACGGGAGCCUUCAUGGACUCCUCGCCCAAUGACGAUUACAGCGGCGAGCACUCGCUCUUUAACUCCUCGGCCAGUGUCCAUGGAGCUGCCUCUGCCGCCUCGGUACACGGCCAGCAGGAUGAGUCGCAGUCCAUGUCUAACGAUGCCAUCUGGCUAUGGAUCGCCAUCAUCGCCACCAUCGGAAACAUUGUGGUGGUUGGGGUUGUCUACGCCUUCACUUUCUGAUGAAUAUAUGCUUACAAAGACAAACUCGCACACACACACACACACACACACACACACACACACACACAC